CAAGCGUGCAACAUUCCCGAGCGUCCCUGAACGCAGCAGCCGCGGCCGAGCAGCAGCAGGCUGAAGAUGGCCGACUGCAUACGUGUUCUUCACCUCCUGCUUUUCUUGAGCGUCUCGUCGCUUCUCCGGCCGUGUCGAGCGGACGCCAAUGCGUGGCCCGUCGCGGCCAACCUGCAGAAUCCGCCCGGCGCCGUCAACGCGGCGGCCGUCGCCGCCGCUGACAGGAACCCGGUCGUCGGCGGCGCGGCCUCGGCGCAUCGAAAGCGCUCCGCCGGCUGGAAGUUAUCCGAGGAGGGGGUGUGCAGGGACGACCUGACGCGACUGUGCGCCAAGGACACGUGGAACAACAACCUGGCGGUGCUGGAGUGUCUCCAGGACAAGAAGGAGGAUUCGGACAUCGCGCCCGAAUGCAGCCAUCUGCUGUGGAACUACAAGCUCAACCUAACCACCGACCCCAAGUUUGAGUCGGUGGCCGUGGAGGUGUGCAGGUCCACCAUCUCCGAGAUUAAAGAGUGUGCGGCGGAGGAGCUGGGCAAAGGAUACCUGGUAUCGUGCCUCGUGGACCACCGCGCCAACAUCAGCGACUACCAGUGCAAGCAGUACGUCACCAAGAUGACCAGCAUCGUCUUCAGCGACUUCCGUCUCAUCUGCGGCUUCAUGGACAAGUGCCGCGACGACAUCAACGCGCUGCACUGCGGCAGCAUCAGCACGGGGGACAAGGACGUCCACUCGCAAGGCGAGGUCAUCGCGUGCCUGGAGAAGGGCCUGGUGCGCGAGGCCGAGGAGCGGCCGGGGGCGCACGCCAUCAAGGACGAGUGCAAGAAGAACAUCAUGCGCGUGGCCGAGCUCUCCUCGGACGACUUCCACCUGGACCGAUAUCUCUACUUUGCCUGCCGGGACGACCGCGAGCGCCUCUGCGAGAGCACGCUGGCGGGCGAAGGUCGCGUCUACAAGUGUCUCUUCAACCACAAGUUUGAGGAGGCCAUGUCGGAGAGGUGUCGUGAGGCGCUGACCACCAGGCAGAAGCUGAUCGCCCAGGACUACAAAGUCAGCUACUCGCUGGCCAAGGCCUGCAAGUCGGACCUGCGCAAGUACCGCUGCAGCACCGACAGCGGCGUGCCCCGCGCCCGCGAGGCGCGCCUCUCCUACCUGCUGCUCUGCCUGGAGUCGGCCGUGCAUCGAGGUCGCACGGUGAGCGGCGAGUGCCAGGGCGAGAUGAUGGACUACCGCCGCAUGCUGAUGGAGGACUUCUCGCUCAGCCCCGAGAUCGUGCUGCACUGCCGCGCCGAGAUCGAGAGCGACUGCUCGGGUCUGCACCGCAAAGGCCGCACGCUGCACUGCCUCAUGCGGGUCGGCCGCAACAACGCCGUCGACCCCAACUGUCAGCGCGCGCUGCAGACGCUGAUCCAGGAGGCGGACCCGGGCGCCGACUACCGCAUCGACCGCGCGCUGAACGAGGCCUGCGAGUCGGUCAUCCAGACGGCCUGCAAGCACAUCCGCAACGGCGAUCCUAUGAUCCUGUCGUGUCUGAUGGAGCACCUCUACACGGACAAGAUGGUGGAGGACUGCGAGCAUCGGCUGCUGGAGCUGCAAUACUUCAUCGCUCGGGACUGGAAGUUGGACCCCGUCCUGUACAAGAAGUGCCAGGGCGACGCGGCGCGCCUCUGCCACACGCACGGCUGGAACGAGACCAGCGAGAUGAUGCCGCCCGGCGCCAUCUUCUCCUGCUUGUAUCGCCACGCCUACCGAUCAGUGGAGCAGGGCCGCAGGCGCCCAGUCCAAGUCACUGAAGAAGGAAACACUACUCUGUCGCGCGACUGCAAGGUGGAGGUGCAGAGGAUCCUCCACCAGAGGGCGCUGGAUGUGAAGCUGGACCCCGAGCUGCAGAGGCGCUGCAUGACCGACCUGGGCAAGUGGUGCAGCGAGAAGACCGACUCGGGACAAGAGCUGGAGUGUCUGCAGGACCACCUGGAGGACCUGGUCCCGGACUGCCGCAGCGUGGUGGGCAACCUGACCGAGCUCGAGUCCGAGGACAUUCAGAUCGAGGCGCUCCUGAUGCGAGCCUGCGAACCCGUCAUCCAGGCCCACUGUCACGAGGUGGCCGACAACCAGAUUGAGUCCGGAGACCUGAUGGAGUGUUUGGCGCGCAACAAACACCAGAAGGAGAUGAACGACAAGUGCUCGGUGGGCGUCACGCACUUCCAGCUGAUCCAGGUCAAAGACUUCCGCUUUUCCUACAAAUUCAAGACGGCCUGCAAGGAGGAUGUCCUCAAACUUUGUCCCAACAUCAAGAAGAAGGUGGACGUGGUGACGUGUCUGAGCAGCACGGUGAGGAACGACACUCUGCAGGACGUCAAGGAGCAGCGCGUGUCCGUCAAGUGUCGCAAGCAACUUCGGGUGGAGGAAGUGGAGAUGUCCGAGGACAUCCGACUGGAACCGGAACUGUACGAUUCGUGCAAGCCAGACAUCAACCGCCUGUGUCAGACCGUGGCCUUUGGAAACGCGCAGGUGAUCGAGUGUCUGAAGGAGAACAAGCGUCAGCUGACCCAGCGCUGUCGGCAGAAGAUCUUCAAGCUCCAAGAAGUGGAGAUGGUGGAUCCCGACUUGGACUAUCAGCUGAUGAAGGUCUGCAAGCAGAUGAUCCGGCGCUUUUGCACCGAAUCCGAAGGCAAGAACGUCCUUCAGUGUCUGAAGCAGAACAAGAAUAGCGAGCUGAUGGAUCCCAAGUGCAAGCAGACCAUCACCAAACGGCAGAUCACGCAAAAUACAGACUUCCGUCUGAACCCCAUCCUGAGGAAGGCGUGCAAAGCCGACAUUCCCAAGUUCUGCCAGCCCAUCUUGAACUCGGCCACGGCCGACAACGAGCUGGAGGGCCAAGUCAUCUCCUGCCUCAAGCUGAAGUACGCCGACCAGCGGCUGUCGUCCGACUGCGAGGACCAGAUCCGCAUCAUCCUGCAGGAGUCGGCGCUGGACUACCGACUGGACCCUCAGCUCCAGCUCCACUGCACCCAGGAGAUCACGCAUCUGUGUCCCGAAGAGGCGGCGGCUCAAGAGCAGACGGGUCAAGUGGAGGAAUGUCUGAAGAUCAACCUGCUGAAGAUCAAACAGGAGGCUUGCAAGAAAGAGGUGUUGAACAUGCUGAAGGAGAGUAAGGCGGACAUUUUUGUGGACCCUGUCCUGCACACGGCCUGCGCGCUUGACAUCAAGCACCACUGCGCCGCCAUCCCGCCUGGGAAGGGCCGCCAGAUGUCGUGUCUAAUGGAGGCGCUGCAGGACAAACGCGUGCGGCUGCAGCCCGAGUGCAAGAAAAGACUUCAGGACCGCAUGGAGAUGUGGAGCUACGCCGCCAAGGUGGCGCCGGCGGAGGGUUUCUCGGACCUGGCGGCGCAGGUGCUGACGUCCCCGUCCAAGAACUACAUCCUGAGCCUGAUGGCCGCCAGCGUGGCGCUGCUCUUCCUGAUGGGCUUGCUGUGCGGGAGGUUCACCAAACGCGUCACCCAGGAGCUGAAGAACAGGUAGACCCCGCCCACUGCGGCGAUGGACACGCCCACAGGAGGAAGCCCGCCUCUCAAAGACCCUCCUGGAACACUCAAAAUGGACGUCAACCACUCUCUCUUAGCCCCGCCCACGGCCGGAACACCUUCCCAGUUAUUUUUUUUUGAUUUUUAUUCUUUUUUCCGUGCCGCUCGGUGGGGCGGCAGGAGAAGACGUGUGAGGGAGCCCGACGUGUAAAUGUGUAAGAAAAGAAAAAGAGAGAAAUGCCACAUGACCUGCUCUUCUGCGCUGCCGCACCACAAUGACUCCAAUGGCCCCAAUCUGGAUGUGUGCGUGCGAGGUGUGUUUGAUUUACCGCUGUGGGACUGCCAGGCGGGCGGUGCCAACGCAACGCAGCCCCGUCCGCCUCCUGCACAUUCUUCUUCUUCUUCUUUGUCUCUAAUUUGGCUAUUUUGGUGUGCUGCUUUUGUCCCCUGUGCCAGCAAGGCGGCAGCACACCUGCCGUUUGCUUUGUGAUGUCAUCACAUGUGACCAUCACAUGUGACCAGCACUGCGCCGUGAUUGUCAGCAAUGGUCAAGUCCAAGUCUUCCCACGUCACCGUGGUGGUGGAAUGAGCGCAGCGCGGCACUGCGCAGUGUUUGUCACAGAAAAAACAUUUUUGCAGUCACCAUUUGGCUGUUUUUUCUUUUUUUCCGUUUGUAAACUCAUUUGUUACGUGGGGCCAGCACACUCCGGAGUGUCUCUGGAAUCAUUGCACACGACAAAAUAUCCUAUCAGUCGCUAGUUAGCUCAUCGGCCUUAUUUAUUGAUUUAGGCGGGCCGUUGUCUCGGGCGCGCACACGUCCUCUGCUCCAAGGGCGUUUGUGACACCCGCAUAGCUGCCCGGUGAUGAUGUCACUGCGGCGUGACGUCCCAUCGCAUAGUGGAUGUCGUUGGCGGGAUGCACGCGCGUGCCAUUGUCGGAGCGGUCGCCGGCCGUGACAGACUUCGGGUUCUCCUUCUGGUUCUUGUGGUGGCCAAUAGACCUGCUUUAUUUUGCGCUAAGCAAAAUGGUUGUUUUGUUUUUGUAAAGGAUGUUUAGGGUUGUUUUUGGUUUUUGCUUCUGUCCUCUUUUUGCUCUAAUUAUUGUGUACAGGUUUAAACAGGAGCAGUUUGUUGAUAAUAAAGUCUGCAAGAUUUCUA